AUGUUGAUUUUGUCCUACUAUUCAGAAGAACGUCGCAUUCUCUCUGAGAUUCUGAAUGGGUCAUACGGGUAUAAGAAUGUCGAGAUUUCUAGCGUCGACUCCGCUCAGGGAAAAGAAAAGGAUGUCGUUAUCGUCUCCACGUGCCGUCCUGGUGGUAAGAUAGGUUUGGGCUUUGUGGCAGAUAGGCAGCGACAAUGUGUCGCCAUGAGCGGUGCUAGAGACGGACUCAUUCUUGUCGGCAAUAAGAGGAUGGGAAAUGGCGGGCAGAGCUCUGGCCAGCAAUGCUGGAAAGAUGCCGUGAACUAUUUUGCGGGCCAGCGCCGUCUUGUCAGUGUCCCUGGCAAUCGCACAGCCAUCCAGGAAAGGUUGAAUAUCCCUAACCCGCAAAUCUUCUCCGAGGUUCAUGGUCGUUGA